AUGGCGUCUCCUUUGGAUGAAAAAAGGUGGGAAUACUGCUCAUUCAAUAUGGCGGCUCCUCCUUCGGGAAACAAGGCCAACAUGGCGGCAGGGUCUUACUCCAAGUCCGCUUAUGUGGUGAAUUCACUCUCUCCUUGUCAUUCUUAUUUGAUUGACAGCGUUUUGAAUCCUCUCCAUUCGUACGAGGAUGCACUUCAGCCUUUCUUCUGUGAAUCGUCGGUCGAACGUGGGGAUAGAGAAAUUUCUUUCUCUCGAUUCCAUAGGGGGUCGAUGAAGACAGAAAGUUCUUUCUCUUUUUAUGCAAUUAUAUGUUUCUUUUCACCUUUUCUGCUGUCUGUUUUUCUGCUUUCAUGCUUUCUCAUUCUCUGCGUUCUCUUUUUCUGCUUUUAUCCUUACUUUUUCUGCUCUGAGUUUUUUUUUCUUUCUGCUUUUCUGCUUUCUCCUCUCUCUUAUGUCUUUGGACAUUCUAUUUUUCUUUUUUAUUUUUUCUGCUUUGCUGUUUUUAUUUUUUCUCUGUUUCUGCUUUUAUUUUAUCUCUUUUUUUCUUUUAUACUUUCUCUUUUUGCUUUUCUACGUUCUCUUUUUUUACUUAAUAUUUUCUCUCUUUCUGCUUUUUCUUUUUCUACUUUUAUGAUUUCUCUCGUUUUCACUUUUUUCUUUUUUUUUCUUCGUGAAUUCAUUUCUACUUUCUCUUCUUUUCUGCUUUUCUACUUUUUCUUUUCUGAGUUCUCAUUUACUGCUUUUCUACUUUCUCUUCUUUUCUGCUUUUCUACUUUUUCUUUUCUGAUUUCUCAUUUACUGCUUUUCUACUUUCUCUUCUUUUCUGCUUUUCUACUUUUUUUUUCUGACUUUUUUUUACUUUUCUUCUUUUACUCUUCUUUCUCAUUUUCUUUUUUUACUUUUCUCUUCUUUUCUGCUUUUCUAUUUUUCUUUUCUGAGUUCUCAUUUACUGCUUUUCUAAAUUCUCUUCUUUUCUUUUCUUAUUUUAUCUUUCUGAGUUUCUUUUUACUUUUUACUUUCUCUUCUUUUCUGCUUUUCUACUUUUCUUUUCUGAGUUCUCAUUUACUGCUUUUUUACUUUCUCUUCUUUUCUGCUUUUUCUUUGAAAAAAAGUUCUCAUUUACCAGCUUUUCUUCUUUUUUUCUUUUACUUUAAAAUUUUUUUUUUUUUUUACUUUCUCUUCUUUUCUGCUUUCUCAUUUACUGCUUUUUUACUUUCUCUUCUUUUCUGCUUUUCUACUUUUUAUCGAAGGCCAAUAUUUUUUUUACUGCUUUUUCUUUCUCUUCUUUUCUGCUUUCUCAUUUUACUUUUUUUAUUUUUUCUCUUUUUUUUUCUAUUUCUUUUUUUUUUCUUUUCUUUUUUUUUUCUUUUUUUUUUUUUUAAAUUUUUCAUUUUUUUUUUUUUCUUUUUUUUCUUUUUUGCUUUUUUUACCUUUUUUAAAUGCUUUUUUUUUCUUUUUCUGCUUUUUAUUUUUCUUUUUUUUUCUGCUUUUCUUUUUUUCUUUUUUUUUUUUGGAUUUUAA